AAGAAACCGGCUAUACGUUUGAAGUUUCAAUAAAUACAAAUAAUUAUUUUAUUACCCAACAGACUACAGUGUAGUUAACAACUGUUUGAUUGUACAUUUUUAUCUUUAAAUAGUCAAUAAAGCUUUAGUCGUUUCUCCUCACAUAUCUUAAGGGUCGAGAUUUUUUAUUGAAUUGCAUAAUAAUGCCGGUCAAAGCAGUGUGCGUUUUAAAUGGUGAUAUAAGUGGCACAGUAUUCUUUGAUCAGAAGGAUGACAGUUCGCCUGUGGUAGUUUCCGGAGAAGUCAAGGGACUAUCAAAGGGCAAGCAUGGUUUUCAUGUUCAUGAAUUUGGUGACAACACAAAUGGAUGUACAUCGGCAGGACCUCACUUCAAUCCAUUGAAACAGGAACAUGGAGCACCCAAUGCUUCAAUCCGUCAUGUUGGAGAUCUUGGAAAUAUUGAAGCUUGUACUGAUGGUGGUGUUACAAAGGUGAACAUUCAAGACUCCCAAAUCUCACUUGCGGGACCCAACAGUAUCAUUGGGCGCACUUUGGUAGUCCAUGCUGAUCCUGAUGACCUCGGCGUUGGGGGCCAUGAACUCAGCAAGACCACAGGGAAUGCUGGGGCUCGUAUUGCUUGUGGAGUCAUUGGAUUGGCCAAAUCCGCUUAGAUAGUUUAGACCUUCAAUGGUUGCAAUUGUUUAAUCAAUACCUAUCCCUUUUAAUGUUAAUGCUUAAUUGGGAAAUAUUAGUACCAAGUGUCUAUAUCUCGUUAUUAUCUUAUCACUUCAUAUUUAUAUUUACUUAAUGAAUGUGGUAUAGAUCUAUGUAGUUUAUAAAAUAAGGUUAAAAUGUUAUAUUCCAAACUAUUUCUCAAAUCCUAUGUUGCAUUUCUGAAUUAGUGAAAAAGUUUGUAUUGGUUUAAUUUUUAUUUGGUGCAGGGAAUGUUGAUAUAUGAAAUGUCAAACUGCAGCUUGUUUUUUUUAUUCAAUAAAUACUUAUAUUUA